AGAAUCAUUAUAUUAAUUUAGGCUCGGCAAAAUUUUACGUGUGUUUCGUUUUAUAUUAGAUGAGCGGUAAUAAGAAUAAUAAGAGGAAAUCGACUGAAAUGUGUUAAAAAUUUAAACGUUCUUCAUAGUCAAAAGUUGAAAUGGCUUGUCCACCGGGACAUGAUUUGGUAAACACUCCGGAACAUUUGCGUCCUGGCUUUCGUGGACAGCCUAGGCAAUAUGAUCCCAGUGAAUUUGGUCUUACCGGAAGAGAGGAAUGGCGUCAUCCGCGAAUGUUUCGUGAUAUGACAUAUGACACUGAUGCUGCUGCCAUGGAAACAUUCCGUCAGGCCAAUCAACCACGACGUCAAGCUUAUGAUUUACCCGCGGCACCUAAUUUAAGUAAUCUGCCUGAAGAAUGCCUGGCAGAUGUGAGCAUGCCGUCUGAUCAGUUUACGCCAGAGUGCCAGGACGAUGCAUCACCGCAGCAACAGCAGCCCUGCGACACCUCGUUACCAGCUAGCGGUACAGAGGGUAAAAACUAUGUGGAUUCCAUCUAUGAGGAGAUUGUUAGUCGAUUUAAUAGCUUGCGAGAACGUCUUGCUCGGGGAGAUCAAAUGACGGGCAAUGAAACGGAUAAAUGUGGAGAUAAAUCAACUAGCCGAAAUCCACUUUCCUCUGGCGUGCAAACGAAGCGGCGCAAAGUGAUCACCACACAUUGUGAUCCCUGCGGCAGUGUUACGAGUCAGAUAGAAGAGACAAGUACCGUUUUGAAUGAUCAACAGCAUUUGGAUGAUGUGCAACCACCCAGUUUCUUUAAUGCCACCGAUAUGGGAGCUCAACCUUUGGACUGCACACCAAUGACAUCAAAUCCUCCAUAUGCAAGUCCUCCUGGACGUCGUCUUAAUUUUAAUCUAAGUGAUCAAUCGGAAAAUUUGGACCAAAUCACCAUGCCUUCGUUUCGUGACGACACUUUACCACCUGCCAUGAGUACACGCAUAGGGCAACAGAGGUUUGCCACCGAUGAAUGCUUAGCAGACGUCAGCGCUCCAUCAUUUGUCUAUAGCGAUUCUCCGCAAUCGGGGAACGCCACAUUUCAAGAUAUUUGUGAUAUAACGCCACCAUAUUUCAUCGAAACCAAUAAGUGUUUGACUGAUAUGACUUUACCCACUUUUAGUAACAGACCCCAGAUGUCAUCAAUGCAAUGUGAAUAUCGCUUAGAUGAUGUCUCAGCGCCAUCCUUUAAUCGAUCCAUGUCGCGAGGAGCAGGCUACUCAUGUAGGCAGCAAAAUGUUAGUGAUAUGUCGGCCCCGUCACUUGCAAGUUCGGGACGUGGUGUAACUGCAGAUCAUGAGUGCUUGCAAGAUAUGUCAAUACCGUCGUUUGCUGGCGUUUCGGGUGCUUAUCGAAGCAGGGGACGAAGCCCUCGAAAGUCAGAAGCAUUCUCCACACCGUCUUCAUUUGGCAGAGGACAAACCUAUAAUGAUUGCUUAGAGGAUAUGUCAAUGCCAUCGUUUGGUGACAUUUCGGAAGUAUCCAGAGGCAGAAACUGUCAAGAAUCUAUGCCUUCCCAAAAUAUAGGCGAAAUCUCCGCUCCAUCUUUUGGUAGCACUGGUCGUGGACCAGUUUCCAAUGAAUGCCUAGACGAGGUGACAAUGCCCUCGUUUGGAGGUGUUUCAGGAGCUUCCAGAGGUCGAACUCUUCAGAGACAACAAAUGUCCAUGCCCUCGCAAAAUAUUUGUGACGUUUCCGCUCCAUCUUUUGGUAGUUCUGGUCAUGUACCAGUUUCCAAUGAUUGCCUAGAAGACAUGUCAGUACCCUCGUUUGGAGGUGUUUCGGGAGCUUCCAGAGGUAGAAGUUUGCAAAGAAGACAGGUUUCCAUGCCCUCACAAAAUAUAUGUGACGUUUCCGCUCCAUCUUUUGGUAGUUCUGGUCGUGGACCAGCUUCCAAUGAUUGCAUUGAAGACAUGACAAUGCCCUCGUUUGGAGGUGUUUCAGGAGCUUCCAGAGGUAGAAGUUUGCAAAGAAGACAGGUUUCCACGCCCUCGCAAAAUAUAUGUGACGUUUCUGCUCCAUCUUUUGGUAGUUCUGGUCGUGGACCAGUUUCCAAUGAUUGCCUAGAAGACAUGACAAUACCCUCGUUUGGAGGUGUUUCAGGAGCUUCCAGAGGCAGAAGUUUGCAAAGAAGACAGGUGUCCAUGCCAUCGCAAAAUAUUUACGAUAUCUCCGCUCCAUCCUUUGAUAGUUCUGGCCGGGGUCCAACUGCGACGAAUUGUGCAGAAGAUCGAACACCUUCAUUUAGACAAUCUCGAGCUAGGGCUCGCCAAAUGCCAUCGCGAAACAUUCAGGAUAUAUCUGCUCCUUGUUUUCCCGAUUCUGUUCAUAGAACUAUACCCACUGAAUGCUUGGAGGACAUGUCUAUGCCUUCAAUGGGUGUUUCACAGGGUAUAUCUAGGAGACAAGCUACUUUACCCAGCCAGUGCUUGGAAGACAUUAGUGCUCCGUCAUUUGCAAGGAGUACGUCCAGAGAUCCAUCUCGUCCGACAACUUUCGCUAACACAUCCAGAGAACGUAAUACUGCUGUACCCUCAUUUGGUGGAGUUUCAGGAUCCACAAUGAAAAGAAGUCAACAAAGACAACAAAUGGAGAUGCCAUCUCUGAAUAUUGGCGAAAUAUCUGCACCGUCGUUUAAUAGUUCUGGUCGCUCUGAUCCAGUUGCCAAUGAAUGUUUGGAGGAUCAGACAAUGCCAUCAUUUGGCGGUAUUUCAGGAGCUUCUCGUGCCAGAUAUUCGCGGCGAGAACAAGCAUCGAUGCCAACGCAAAAUAUACGCGACAUUUCGGCCCCAUCAUUCGGUAGUCCAGGUCGAGGCCAUGCUACAGCGAGUGAAUGCCUGGAUGAAGUGACAAUGCCAUCCUUUGGUGCAUCAUCGAACAAUUCUAGAAGACAAGUGACAUUGCCUAGUGAGUGUCUGAAUGAAGUGAGUGCCCCAACGUUUGCGAGAAGUAUGUCACAUGCUGCAAGUUACCGACGAGGCCGACGAGUUUUGCCAUGCUCGACAAAUGAGCAGCUGGAUGACAUGUCAAUGCCCACAUUCAGAGACUUAUCGAGUGUUAAUUCCGGUCGUCGUCCCAACGGUGAGCCAUCUUUCGCACCAGGUGUUGCAGCCGCUUCAGAAACGGAUUGUGAAUGCGUAGACGAUGUUACCCCACCAUCGUUUGCGCAAACUGUAACACACAAUCAACAAAAGUCUAUGCCUUCCACAAAUACACGUGACAUAUCGGCGCCAUCUUUCAGAGAUUCCGGUAGAAACCCUAUGACUUAUGAGUGUUUGGAUGAUAUGCCGACGCCGUCAUUCAAUGAGAUUUCCGGUGCUUCAAGGGCAAGAAGCCCCAGGCGACAGGCAAAUAUUUCAAAUAGGUCGGGGCCAUUUAGAAGACCUCAGUAUAAUGAGUGUUUGGAAGAUAUGUCAAUGCCCUCAUUUGGUGGAAUAUCAGGAGCUUCGCGAUCUAGAGCUCCUCAACAAAGACAACAAGGACAAUCUAUGCCGUCGCAGAACAUUUGCGACAUGACAGCACCAUCAUUUGGCAGUUCAAGUCGUGAACCUAUGAUUGAUGAAUGCCUAAAUGAUAUGACAAUGCCAUCGUUUGGCAAUGUCUCGGGUGCACCUAGGAAACAAGUGACUCUACCAAGUGAACGUUUGGACAAUGUUACUGCACCGUCUUUCGCAAGAAGUAUUCCAUUACGCGGCACGUCGCAAUUGCGUCGUAGACCUAGGACGUUCGCCAGCUCAACAAGAAAUGCCAGGGAUCCUAUGCCAAGUGAGUGUAUUGAAGGUAUGUCUGAGCCGUCGUUUGCCGGAGUGUCAGGAGCUGGUCAAAGCAAUGGACAAGGAAGAAGGGUACAGCAACCAAUGCCUUCGCGAGACAUCUGCGAUGAAUCGGCCCCAUCAUACUUGAGUUCAAGACGUGGACCACCCACUAAUGAGUGCCUAGAUGAAAUGACAAUGCCUUCGUUUGGUGGAGUUUCAGGAGCUUCUCAAGGUAGAAGACAAAGAAGGUGGCAGCGAUCAAUGCCUUCACAAAACAUCUGCGAUGAAUCAGCCCCGUCAUACUUGAGUUCAAGACGUGGAUUAGACACUAAUGAGUGUCUGGAUGAAAUGACAAUGCCUUCGUUUGGUGAAGUUUCAGGAGCUCCCCAAGGUGGAAGACCAGGGAGGUCUCAGCGAUCAAUGCCUUCACAAAAUAUCUGCGAUGAAUCGGCUCCCUCUUACUUUAGUUCGAGACGUGGAUCAGACACUAAGGAAUGCCUAAAUGAAAUGACAAUGCCUUCGUUUGGUGGAGUUUCAGGGGCUCCCCAAGAUGGAAGACAAGGAAGGUCUCAGCGAUCAAUGCCUUCGCAAAACAUCUGCGAUGAAUCGGCCCCAUCAUACUUGAGUUCAAGACGUGGACCAGCCACUAAUGAGUGCCUAGAUGAAAUGACAAUGCCUUCGUUUGGUGGAGUUUCAGGGGCUCCCCAAGGUGGAAGACAAGGAAGGUCUCAGCGAUCAAUGCCUUCGCAAAACAUCUGUGAUGAAUCGGCCCCAUCGUUUCUUAGUUCUAGACGUGGACCAGAAACUAAUGAGUGUCUAGACGAAAUGACAAUGCCUUCGUUUGGUGGAGUUUCAGGAGCUCCCCAAGGUAGAGGACAAGGAAGGUGGCAGCGGUCAAUACCUUCGCAAAACAUCUGCGAUGAAUCGGCCCCGUCAUCUUUUUAUAGUUCUAGACGUGGACCAGUCACUAAUGAGUGCCUAGAGAACAUGACAGCGCCUUCGUUUGGUGGUGUUUCUGGAGCUGGUUGUGGACAGCGCAAUACAUCGCGCAGUCGAGGACCCGUUAAUCCUUCUAGUCAGCGAAUACAGCGUUCUGCAUCAGUACCAACUCCUAUAUUAGCUAGCACUAGAAUAGCAGAUGAGUGCUUGGAAAAUGUGACUAUGCCAUCAUUUGGUGGAGUCACUUCUGAGUUCAAUGAGCGUCAAACUGCCAAUGAGAGAUCGUACGAUAUGAGUCGAUUGCGAAGGCAACGUUCAAUGCCAGCUAACCUGCCGAGCGAGUGUUUAGAUGAUGUCAGUGCUCCUAAUUUGGAGAUGAGUAUCGGAGGUCGUAGACCAAAAAUUCCAAAGGGAGCGCCGAUCACCAAUGAAUGCUUAGAAGACGUCUCGAUGCCGUCCUUGCAACGCAAUCAAAGUUUUCCUUGCUUAUCUAUGACUCAGCAGCAGCAGCAAAUUUCUGAUAUCUCAGCACCUUCAAUGGCCACUUCUAGCGUUCCAGCUCAAUCGCAGGCUGUUCGUACUUUUCCCUCCGAGCAAAUAGAGAAUAUUAGUGCCCCGUUCGAUCGAUCAGAAGGUUCGAAUAACUGUGAAUGUGGCUCUCCUAAAGAGCGCUAUGACAAUCGAACUUGGACAGAUAAUACAAAUUCAAGUCGAUUGGAAGAUGUUACCAUGCCAUCAUACGAAGAUAUAUCGUAUUCGCCACGUCGCCAUCAAUUAACCAUGCCCAAUGAGGAUUUGGAAGACAUAACAGAGCCAGCUAAAGGGCGAAGUCGUAGUUCGUUACGAAGAAUUGAUUCCGUUAUGCCCAAUGAACAAUUGGAGGAUAUAAGUCAACCGGAUUUUUAUACUUCAAGUAGUCGCACGGAUAACAGAAUGGCUUCUCGACCUGAGAACCUCGAAGAUAUUACCAUGCCUUCAAUGGCUGCUGAUGUGACAUCCAAAUCGUCGGCAUCCAUACAUCAUGCUAGCUCGGAACAAAAGGUUACUAGACGUCUGGUUAAACAAUCACCUUCAGAUCAAUUGGCCGAUGAAAGUGCCCCAUCCAUGUUGAAUGAUCAGACAGUUGGUCAAACUGUCAGUCCAGCUGCUGAUGAAGUUCAGGAAGUUACAGUGAAGACAUCUUCAUCGGUCACCCGUAUCUAUAUUAGGCCAACGGACUCCAAUGGGCUACAGAAUAUACCCAUACCUUCGUUGCCAGGACAGAAUGGGGGUCCAGCAGUAGGUUACCUUGUUCAGGGACCAGAUCAACAAUUGAUUACAAUUACCUACGAUGGGGACAACAGCUCCCCUAAUAAUAUGCCAUCAUAUCAUCAAUCGCAAGAUGGACUACAAUCGGCACACUCUACGGGCGUUAUGUUUAUCAAGGACGUUACUGAACCAUCGUAUGCCCCAUCCUAUGAACCAACUCACGAGAAUGUCUACGAAAAUAUGCAAGGCAAUGGCGAAGCUACAAAUGACACCUAUCACGGUUUCGGCUCUAUGCAAAAUUAUGCUCCAUUCGAUGAGCUUAUUAGAUCACCGCGAACAGGACGGAAUUCUCCUGGCCAAGGAAAUGAUGAAUUACUGCAAACUCCCCAACCGGUGCGCACUGCAAAUAGAGAGACAGCACGUCGAUCACCUGGUAGUCCUUGCCAAAUGGUCAAUACUAGCUAUCCCUACGGCCGGCCGCGGUGCAUAACCAGACGACCAUGUUAAUUGAACUAAGGAAAUUCUCUCACUUUCAACAGAAUUUUAUGAAUUAUUUUAUAUAUAUUCUAUGAAACAAACAAUAUAAACGCAAAUUUUGAAAUGGUUGAUUGAGCAGA